GCAUCGGACGCGCCGCGGCGCUCCUCACGAUGCCUCUCUACUCGGAACAUAUCGCGAACAUUUACUACGGCGGGUCACCGACCUACUCCGGUAGCUCUUAUGGAUACAGUGGAACGGGAUCCUCGUUAGGAAACUCGUACAGUGCACCUUAUCUUAACACCGGAUCGAACUACAGCACCCAUUCGUCCCUUGGAGGGUACUCUCGUGCUCCUCUGACGACCAGAUGGAUCACCAGCUCGGGACGGAGCUACUCUCCCAUGCUCAGUACCAUAUCGGAGAGGGGAACUUCUAGUCCGGUAAGGAUAAAUAGCCCUAGGAGAAUUCCUUUAAUGAAGAGAUCUUACGGAACCCCCAGUUAUACACCGCGCCCCAUAAAUAUAAACACCGCUGACAUUGAUGUCUCUAGAGACAAGUAUCAUCAUAAAAGAAAGAGUUCAUCGCCAAUAAGCCCUAAAAAUUCACCACUGAAGGAAAAUGCUGCUAAAGACAAAAUAUCACCACCGAAGGACACAAUUGAUAAAGAAAGUAGUCCUUUUAUGCCACGAGUUGAUGGUAAACCAGAAACAGGUAUUGAUUCUUCACCAGGUAAGCAGCGAAGUACUAUAAAGCGAGGCCGAACGGUGGUUAGGCUUCACACAAUUAAAAGAAAAGAUAAAGAUUCACCCCGAAAACCAAACGAGGACGCAGAAAGUGAUAAUGCCACAAAAACUAACACCAACACAGAUGAGACUGAUAAUGAUCAAUCAGAUUCUCUAAAAUGGAGAGAUAGAUUAGCAGAUGAUCUUAUAUAUAAUGAUAAGAGAGAAAAGAAAACACUGGGAACUAAACUUGCAGAAAAGUUUUUAGUUAAAGAAAAGGUUGAUGAUGAAGUGUUACCUCGGAAAUGGGAGGCGCAAUCAAGUGUAGAAACUUUACCUUCUUCUGAAAAUCGUGAAUCAGUUGCAAGUAAAUUUCCAGAUAGGAGAUGUUCUAUGGAACUUUUGGCGGAACAGGCAAAUUUAUUAGAUUCUUUAAUAAAGGGUGAAAAUCUCAGUACAGCCACAUUAGAUUUAACCAAAGUGGGAAUUGAAGUUGAACCUCAAACAAGUUUAGAUGCAUAUCAAUCAAUAAAGCGACGAAAAUCAAAUCACAAGAAUCCUUUAAAAACAACAAAGUCUGAUAACUCACUACAUGAUAGCCUUAAAUCGUUAAAAGAUCAAAAACAAAAUUCAAAACGCCGAAGUUUAAAAAAGUCUUCUUCCGGCGGAAGUAUCUGUAGAUUAGAUUCAAUAACUGAAAUGCCAAAAGAGCCUAUUAUGACAAAUUUGCCUCCCAUAGAAGAAAUAGAGAAAAGAUUAUCUAUAAAGCAUUUAGAAGAUGAACAACCUAAACUCAGGGCUAAAACUAUCCCCAAAAUUACAUCCUCAGUAGAAGUGUCCGCACCAGUAAGUCCUCUAAAAUUUAAGAUAGAAAAUGUUACUGUAGAAGAAAAACCUCGCAUCCCCAAGAAAGAAAUAACGUAUAGUAGUGAAGUAAUCGAAGAACAGAAUGAAAAACAAUUAAAACCUGAUACAAAUGACCCAAAUUUUUUUACUUUUGAAUCCUGCAAUGAAAACCUUAGGCAUGAUAAAAAUACCAUACCAUCACCAGAAGUUGAAGAUGGAAAUUUUUGGGACAAAAUUGGAAAAAGAGAAACAGUUUACCUAAUGAAAAGAAAACAAAAUAUUGAAGAAAGUAGAGAAAAACACAGGCGAGCUUUAUUCUGGUUUCCAGAAGAAGAAGAUGACGAAGCAAAUUCUAGUUCUGAUGUAGACAUAUUAAACAAAAAACAUCCAAUGACUAUGUCUUACAAGCCUCAAGAUAAAAACGACAGUAUUUAUCAAGAAAGCUUAGAUUACAUGAAAACACCUGAAAAUGUGCAGAAUCUGCCACCAACAGAAAAGUUAGAAGAAAACAAUUAUAAUAUAAAUGAUAUAAUAAAAACCGACUUAGACAUUAAACCUGAAAUUAAGGAUGAAAGCUCUAAAAUAUCUAAACAUUCAGUACAACACAUCAAUAGCGAUAUUGCUACUGAAGAAGGAAAUGAGGUAAACACAACAUAUCCAAAUAAUUCCGUACAAAAUGUAAAAGAGGAAAAUUCAACAGACAAUGCAAAAAGUAAAACGAUUAAAAAGCAUGAAGAAGAAAGUAAAUCUAUGUCUUCUGUUCCACCAUGUAACACAAGUGGGGCCGAAAAUAAUUCGACAGGGUUAUAUAAAGAUGAAACUAGUAUAAAAAUAUUAAAAAGUGAUACUAAAUCAAACUGCAUCGGCGGUGUGUCUACAAAAAGUAACAAAACAGAUGAGUUAUAUGCUAGAGAAGAUAAAAAGGCUGAAAAUGUUAGUAUAAAAAAGAAAAAAUCGUCUAAUGAUGUUGAUAAUAAGAAAAGUGCAUCAGUGGAUGAAACGCCACUGGAUAUAUCAAAAAAAUCUACUAGUAGUAACGACAGCAUUGUUGAUAGCCAAAAUAUGCCUGGAACAAGUGACAAGGUAGAUAAAUGCAAUAGUACUUCGGUAAAAUCUAAGCAAACAAGUUGUAAUAGCAAAAAGUUAUCUCAUAUAAAUAAAAAAGAGAAAUCUAUUGAGAAAAAUAAUGGUACAGGAAAAAAAGAUUCAGAUAAAAAGAGCAGUGCUAAAAAAGAAAAUAAAAUCAAUGAAUCACAAUCUGUUUUGAAGGAUGAAAAUGUUACUUCAAAUGCAAAUAAUAUAGAUAAAAGUAAGUCAGAUAACAUUCCAAUUCAAAUAAAAGUCAGUGACGUUGAUAUUAAAGUGACAGGAGAGUAUAAUAAGGCUGAUGAAAAUUCUGAGAAAAGUCAAGUUAGUGUUGUACCACCAGAUGAAAAUCCGAAGAAACCAGAAGAUAGUAAAAACGUUAAAGAAUUGUCUUAUAUCGAAGAUCUGAAAAUCGAUAAUAAGUCAGACGAGAAAAAUGAAAUAGAAAGGGAUCAAAAUCACCAAUCUUUCUCAAAUUCUACAAAGCAAGAUGAUAUUGACGUAAGGGGGAAGAAAUCUGAUGACAGCAAACGACCAUCACCAAAAGAUGUAAUAAAAUUGCCAAUUGCCCCAGUGGUCAAGAAACCCGUCAAAUAUGAGCCAGCUGUUAGACCAUUGAUAGCGACGCCGCGUCCACUUCAAAAGAAGACGCCUCAAGUGAUACAUUCUUCCAGUUCGUCUGAUUCCUCAUCGGAAGAUGAAGACUCAUCUGAUGAGGAGGAAGAGGAGGAAGAAUCCGACACUAGUGAAGGAUCCGCGGAAUUCUUCGAAUGCGAGAACAACACUGACGGCAGAACAUCUACAGGCUCCAAUGACUCCGGAUUCGAUUCAUCAGCGCCCACAUCUCCUGCUGGAUUUGUCCAAAUAAAAAAAGACUGCGAUGUUAACUGCCAUCGAAAAUGCGAAAAAUUGACUGCAAAUUUAUGCGGUGUGAACCAGCGACUCUUGGUAGAAGCGUUGGCGACGAGAACUUCAUCCAAAAGAGGUGCCGACAGCCCUGGGCCCUCGACGGGGACUCCGCCCUCCAAGAGCAAUACCCUCGAUAUUUCGGAGAGGGAGCUUGAGCAAUCGACCGCGUACGGGAUCUUCAGGAAGACUGGCAGGUUCACGCCCCCGGCCAGGACCAUACCCCGCUUCAGGAAGUACACGGUUGAAGACUUCCAGUUCAUCAAGGUGCUGGGCAAAGGCAGCUUCGGCAAGGUCCUCCUGGCCGAGCUGAAAGACACGGAGUACUACUACGCCGUGAAGUGUCUGAAGAAGGACGUGGUCCUUGAAGACGACGACGUGGAGUGUACCCUCAUCGAGAGGAAAGUGCUGGCGCUCGGCACCAACCACCCCUACUUGUGUCAUCUCUUCGCGACGUUCCAGACUGAUUCUCACCUGUUCUUCGUAAUGGAGUACCUGAAUGGCGGUGACCUGAUGUUCCACAUUCAGCAAAGCGGGAGGUUCCCGGAGGCGCGCGCCAGGUUUUAUGCAGCGGAGAUUGUUUCAGGACUCAAGUUCUUGCACAAGAGAGGCAUUGUGUACAGGGACUUGAAGUUGGACAACAUUCUUCUGGACUUCGACGGUCACGUGAGGAUCGCUGACUUUGGAAUGUGCAAACUCCAGAUCUACUUGGACAAGACCGCAGACACUUUCUGCGGGACACCAGAUUAUAUGGCUCCAGAGAUAAUAAAAGGCCUCAAGUACAACCAGGCGGUGGACUGGUGGUCUUUCGGCGUGCUGCUGUACGAGAUGCUGAUCGGCCAGAGUCCGUUCAGCGGCUGCGACGAAGACGAGCUGUUCUGGUCCAUCUGCAACGAGAUGCCGUCAUACCCGCGCUUCCUUUCAACGCAGGCCCUCACCAUACUCACUCGGUUGUUGGACAAGGACGCGAAGACCCGGCUGGGCGGCGCGGAGUGCAUGCACGGGGACGUGCGCGACCAGGACUUCUUCCACCAGAUCCAGUGGGAGCGCCUGGAGCGGCGGGAGCUCGACGCGCCCUUCAAGCCCAGAGUGAGACACCCCCUGGACACGCAGUACUUCGACCGCGCGUUCACGGGCGAGCGGCCGCGGCUCACGGCGGUGGAGCCGCACGCGCUGCGCUCCAUGGACCAGGCGCCCUUCCGCGGCUUCUCCUACACCAACCCCAACGCCACCGACCGCUAGGACUCCCGCGGGAUCCGUAGGUUUUGAAGUACAACCCGUUGUGACGGGUGAUUUUCCUAGGAGCUUUAUAACCCGUUGUGAUGGGUAAUUUUCCUAGGAGCUAUCUAUAUAGCCCGUUGUGACGGGUAAUUUUCCUAGGGGCUAUAUAACCCGUUGUGACGGGUAAUUUUCCUAGGAGCUAUAUAACCCGUUGUGACGGGUGAUUUUCCUAGGGGUUAUCUAUAUAGCCCGUUGUGACGGGUAAUUUUCCUAGGGGCUUUGGUAACGGUAGGAUUUAAAUUUGGAAUAAUGAUCGGCACGUUGGAAUUUUCUAGAAGCCUCAGGGAACCUAUUGAAUGUCGAUUUGGUGAGUCGGUAGGUUUAAAAUUCGAAUAAUUUUUCCGUUUUAACUUAAUUUCACGCCCACAGAUUUGUUCUGUUUGAUUUUUUGAUCUGGACCAUAUAGCACGGUACACUAAAGAGUGCUAUAAUUAUAGAAUAAGUUUUCUAGCACGGUACAUUAUAGAGUGCUAGAAUGAGUUUUCCAUAUAUUUGGUCGAAAUCGUGAAAUGUUUAACAAUCGUGGAGUAUUUUUUCGAUUAUUGGCGAAAUAAGAUAAAAUAUAAUUAUGUAAAAUAAUUUCACUGAAAUCUGAAUUUAUAUUAUUCAAAUUUUUAUGUGAAUUUAUUUAAUUACUAAAUUUGAUUUUAAUGUAAUGUUAAUUUGAUUAUAUCUUUACAUUAUGUUGUUUUAGAAAAUCGAAAUUUUCUUCUAUCCUUAAUAAAUAUAGUACCAUUGCUACUUGGGUAGGAAUAAUUAUAUGAAAUUUUGCAGUCGUGUAAAUAUUAUUUAAAUCUCUCGUUAUAUUAUACAAAGUCACAUAAAUAUUUAAAAGUAAAGCGCUGUAUCUAAUACAUACUAGCUUCACCUAACAGUGGGUAGGUGGGAUUUAUUUCAAGUAUAUAAAAUUUAUAAAACCUAAUUCAGACCGACUUAAAAUUAAGAAGCAGAUUCGUACUAAAAAAUUGUUACAAAUACUCAACUGAAUAAAAUAACAUUAUGAGAUAUAUAUUGACAUAUAUACCUUAACAUUAUUGUUGUAUAGAAAAUUGAAACUGUUGAGUAAAAACGUUGAAUAUUUACAUACUUCCUUACGGUUGAUUCUCUAUAUAUAUUUUAUUUUAUUCAAAUAUUUGAUAGUUAUGAAUUUUACAAUAUCCAAGUUAGAAAAUUUACCUACUUUUGUGCAAAAAAAACAUUGAUUUUAAAAGAUGUUAUCACUCAUAUCACAUAUUUAAUUAUUUUUUUAUUUUAUUGUUCUAUGUUUGUCAAUUUACAUUAGUUAUUCAGUUUUAAUUUAAAACUUCGUUCACCGAAGUUUUAACAUAAGAAGAAAAAUUAUACUUAAAAACAUAUACGGUCUAAUUGAGAAAGGUGAGGUACCUUUUUUUGAAGUCGGUUAAAAAUAAUGCAACUUUCUUCAAUUAGUUAAAAACAAACAAAUAAAAUACAAAUUUCUGUUUGUUAUAGUUGCUUAUAUUUAAUCACAUUAACAAAAUAUGUACGUCAGAUUCUUAAUCAUUGUUUUAUGUUUUUUUUUAUCUAGUCUAGAAAUAUUAAAUCAACAAUUUAUGCGUUCGUUUUUGUUUAUUUGUACCUUACU